AUGGUCUCCAAAGAGAGCUGCCGCAUAGAAAUCCGUGCGGCUAUUAGACAGCUAAGCGACCGUUGUUUAUACUCCGCCGCAAAAUGGGCAGGAGAGCAGCUUGUAGGGAUAGAGCAAGACCCGUCUAAUUUCACACCUUCGAAUACGAGGUUCCAGCGAGGAAGCUCGAGCAUCCGUAGAAGGUUCAGCACCAGUGAAUCUAUCUCAACACCACAACCUACUGUUGGCUUCUCUCAAGCAGCUUCUCCUCUCCCGGAAGAAGAUGAAGUGAUUGAUGGCGACCUUUACCUUUUAGCAAAGUCCUACUUCGAUUGUCGAGAGUACAGACGAGCUUCCCAUGUGCUCCGUGAUCAGAUGAGCAAGAAAUCAAUCUUCUUGCGCUGCUACGCCCUUUAUCUGGCUGGAGAGAAACGGAAAGAGGAAGAAAUGAUAGAACUUGAAGGCCCUUUGGGUAAGAGCGAUGCCAUAAACCGUGAACUGGUAUCUCUGGAGAGAGAAUUAUCAGCGCUGAAGAGGACCGGAGCAAUAGACUCUUUUGGAUUAUACUUGUACGGUGUUGUUCUUAAAGAGAAAGGGAAUGAGACGCUUGCUCGUGCCACUCUCGUGGAGUCUGUGAACAGUUAUCCAUGGAACUGGAGCGCUUGGACUGAGCUGCAGUCCCUAUGUACUUCCAUCGAAAUCUUGAACGGCCUUAAUUUAAGCAACCACUGGAUGAAAGAUUUCUUCCUUGGCAACGCUUAUCAAGAACUCAGAAUGCACACGGAGUCAUUGGCCAAGUACGAUUACCUGCAAGGCAUUUUCAGUUUUAGCAACUACAUCCAAGCUCAGACCGCGAAAGCUCAGUAUAGUCUUAGGGAGUUUGACCAGGUUGAGAUCAUGUUUGAAGAGCUUCUGAGAAACGAUCCGUACCGUGUGGAAGAUAUGGAUUUGUAUUCUAACGUUCUCUAUGCGAAAGAAGCUUGCGCUGCGUUGAGUUACCUUGCGCAUAAGGUGUUUCUGACUGAUAAGUACAGACCUGAGUCUUGCUGCAUCAUUGGCAACUACUACAGUUUAAAGGGUCAGCACGAGAAGGCGGUUAUGUACUUCCGGAGAGCUUUGAAACUGAACAAGAAGUACUUAUCAGCGUGGACUCUUAUGGGACACGAGUACGUUGAGAUGAAGAACACUCCUGCUGCUAUCGACGCGUAUCGACGAGCUGUUGAUAUAAACCCUUGUGAUUACAGAGCUUGGUAUGGUUUAGGACAAGCGUAUGAGAUGAUGGGGAUGCCUUUCUACGCGCUUCACUACUUCCGCAAAUCCAUAUUCUUUCUUCCGAACGAUUCUCGGCUGUGGAUAGCGAUGGCGAAGUGUUACCAGACGGAGCAGCUUUACAUGCUUGAAGAGGCCAUCAAGUGUUACAAGAGAGCUGUGAGCUGUACUGACACGGAAGGGAUAGCUCUGAACCAGCUGGCGAAGCUUCACCAGAAGCUUGGACGGAACGAGGAAGCUGCGUUUUACUUCGAGAAGGAUUUGGAGAGAAUGGAUGCUGAAGGAUUGGAAGGACCGAAUAUGUUUGAGGCGUUGGUGUUUCUUGCUACGCAUUUUAAGACUCACAAGAAGUUUGAAGAAGCUGAAGUGUAUUGUACUCGUCUUCUUGAUUAUAGUGGCCCUGAGAAAGAGAAGGCAAAGAGCUUACUCAGAGGGAUCAGAAUGGCGCAAACCGGUUUUCCAUCGAUGGAUAUGGAGCAUUUUCCUCUUUAG